GGGGAGAUGAGAUGGCAUCAGAUAACGUCAGGGAGAGCAUCGUGGUUACUACAUAAAUACCAGCGUGUCGGCCAUCUUAGGAGAUAUGAUCAUAGAGUUCAAUUGAACAGUGUUAUUGCUUAGAUACUUGGUAGAUAAUGGCCCCCUCAGUCGCAGAAGUAUUGCCUAGCACUGCCGAGUUGAAAACCAAGGCGGAGAAGCUCAACCGCGCCUACGACGCAGUUCAGCAUGCAUCAUACAAGUACGCGCACUACCUCCCGGUCUACGACGAAACCACCACAUUCCCACCCACCGAGCCCUUCGAGUUCGCCGACCGCGGUCUCCUCGCCGACAAAGCCAAGCCGCAUAUCCUCGGGCUGAACGACCCCAACGUCAAGGUCACGAAGCUGACCCCCCGCGUCGGCACCGAGAUCGCCGGCCUCCAGCUCUCCGAGCUGACGGACGAGCAGAAGAACGAGCUCGCGUUGCUGAUUGCCGAAAGGGGCGUCGUGGUGUUCCGGGGCCAGAACUUCAAGGACAUUGGUGUGGAGAGGCAGAAGGAGUUUGGCAGGUACUUUGGCCGGUUGCAUGUGCAUCCCGUCGGCGCCCACGUCCCCACCGCCCUCGAAUUCCACAACAUCUACCUCGGCCCCGACAACCUCUACCGCGCGCAGCUCUCCUCCUCGCGCCUCUCCACCACCAGCUUCCACUCCGACGUGUCCUUCGAGCACCAGCCCCCCGGAAUCACCCUCCUCACACUGCUAGCCGUGCCCUCGGCAGGCGGCGACACGACGUGGACGUCGCAGGCGGUCGCGUACGAGCGGCUCUCGCCGCCGAUCAAGACGCUGCUCGAGGGCCUGCGCGCGGAGCACAGCGGGUUCCCGCAGGCGGAGAGCGCGCGCCGCGACGGGAGGUUCGUCAGGCGCGAGCCGGUGCGGUCGGAGCACCCCGUUGUGCGGGUGCAUCCGGUGACGGGCCAGAAGGCGCUUUUCGUGAACCCCGGGUUCACGAAGAAGAUCAUUGGGCUGAAGACGGAGGAGUCGGACGCUAUUCUCAAGCUCCUUUUCACUCACAUCUCCCAAAGCGCCGACGCACAAGUCCGCGUCAAGUGGGACGACGAGACGGUCUCGCUCUGGGACAACCGGGUGACGGCGCAUACGGCGAUCUCGGACUACGACGUCUAUAAUGAGGAGGAGGGGCUGCGCCAUGGGUUCCGCAUCACGACGCUUGGGGAGCGGCCGGUUGGGGUUGGGGGGUUGGAGACGGUUUGGUAG